AUGGCGCAUGCUUCGGCUGACGAAGACUCGCCAGGGCAUACAGCUAAGCUGGGGUUCACCCUUUUCGACACGUGGCUGCAGUCACCCGAGUCCCAGGACCUUCCACAAAAAAUACGUGAAGUGCUGCAGACGCAUAGGCAUGUUUUCCGUGGCAACCUGCCACCAAGCUUGCCACCAAAAGGCCCACACGAUCAUCACAUCUUGUUAGCCCCUAGCAAGAUCCCAGCAAAAUUUGCUACACACCGUAUGACCCCUGAAGAGCUGGGAUUUCACAAGCAGGAAAUCCUCAAGCUGGCAGCCCAGGAAUGGAUCGGUCUCACGUAUUCCCCAUUCUGCGCGUCUACAAUCAUGGUCGAUACGCCUGAUGGAACAGGCGAGCGUAAGAUGCGUAUGGUGGUUAACUACCAUUCCCUAAAUGCGCUUACGGUUGCGCCUGUCUUCCCGUUGCCAACGAUCCAAACGAUUUUGGAGGUCCUGGGUGGCUCCAAGUAUUUUUCCGCUCUCUACUUAGAGGCAGGCUUCCACCAGAUCCGCGUGGCUAAAGCGCAUCGUUGGAAAACAGCUUUCCCUUCCGUCUUGGGCCUGUUCGAAUACAAAGUCAUGCCUUUUGGCCUGAAGGGUGCUCCCGCUACCUUUCAAGCCAACAUGAAUACCUACCUGUAG